AUGUCUUCAAGCAAAGACCCUCAAGACUGGACAGUCGAUGAGCUUGUCACUUUUCUCUGUCGUGACAAACCGGGACAGUGGUCUUAUAAUUUGGCUUGCCCAGAUCUUGUGGCUUUGGAGAUCUCCCUCCGGGAAAAUAUGAUCUCAGGCUCAGGUUUUCUCCUUUUCAAUGACCACUAUGUGAAAGAAUUGGGAAUCAAAGUUAUUGCGCACCGCCAGUAUCUCAUGCAAGCCAAAAAAUGGUUACAGCGACGAUCGCCGAAGUUCCAGGCGCGACAGCAACAGCAACAGCGGGCUCCCAAAGCACUUCUCAGCGAAGAUGAACUUUCACCAGAACCUCUUCUCGAUAUCAUUGACUCCAACACAUCUCUUGAUAAUCCUAUCAACCCCACCACUCCCGAUGAUGCUACUAAUCCCAACCCUCUUCUUGAUGCCCUUUCACCGGCCCAAACAGAGAAAAAGAAACCGCGCCGGAUGGAGACCACAAUCAUCGAACGACCUCCCCCAUUUUUCUCUCCUGGAACCACGUUCACCUCAUCAACAACUUGCUCCUAA